GCUUCCUUCUCGCUGCUGCUACCACCACAGCCGCUCGCUGCGGACCCAGGGGCAAAGGAUGGGGAGAUGAGUGCAGGAGGCAGCAGCAGCUCUGCUCCGAGGCUUGUCAAGGCUCAGCAUACACACACAGGCAACCCGGAGUGAAAACAUUUGCUCUCACCUGUCUCCAAGCCCAAAGCAAACCUCACGUCCAAGCAAACUGCCAUCACUUCGAACGAGGAGGCGCCAGAAUCUAAUGUAAGGGGAAGAAUUUCAAUGUACACUUAGCAACUUCUCGCUAUAAAGCAAGUGGGCGUAAGGAAGGAAAGGAGCUUUUUAAGAAAAGGACACCUUAAAGAAGAUUUUUAUCAUUAUUAUUAUUUGUACCAAACUUUGGAAAAGUUGUGGGCUUUUUAAUUACUACUUUGUGCAUCUUUUUCUAAGAACACUGAGUCACAGUUACUUGUAUGUAAAAUCUUUCAUAUAUAUAUAUAUAUAUUUAAAGGAAGACAAUCAAGAGGAAAAAUAGCAUGUGGACCACCUAGCAGAAAGCAAUCCUGAAGCAAGCCUUGUGCUGAGGGACACACAGACCCUGGAUGCCUAUAAUUUCGAGGGACUGCGUUUUUUUUCCACCGGACUUAUGAGAUAGCGCAGAGGCAGGCGAGUCACCGAGAACUGCUUCUGUCUCCCCUCACCAUCAUCAUCACCACCUCCUCCUCUUCCAAGGGCUCCUGCAACUCUCCCACCACCAGCCCAGCUCGGAGGGGAAAUGGGAAUGCGGGGCGCCCUCGAUGCCUGAGGUCGGGCGGCCGCGAAGCUGUUUGCGGGAAGCGUUUCCCUCUCGGGGCUCGCCGUCCAUGUGCCCGCAGCCGGCGGGGCCUGAAGUCGGGAUGAAUUUCGGCGUGGUCUUGGCGUUCAUCCUCUCCCUGCCCCUGGCCCGCUUGGAGGGGGACCCCAUACCUGAAGACAUUUAUGAGAUUUUGGGCAGCAGCUCAGUACGUUCCAUCAGCGACCUGCAGCGUGCUCUGCGGAUAGACUCCGUAGAGGAGGAUAGCUCAAGCCUGACCCUCAAUGCAACUCAGAUUGGUCAAAGCCCCAUAGCCCUAUCUCGAGAGCGACGAAGCCUAGAUGCUCUGGCAGCAGCAGAGCCAGCUGUCCUGGCAGAGUGCAAGACGCGGGCAGUGGUCUUUGAAAUCUCCCGCAACAUGGUGGACAGCACCAAUGCCAACUUUGUGGUAUGGCCACCCUGCGUGGAGGUGCAGCGCUGCUCCGGGUGCUGCAACAACCGCAACGUGCAGUGUCGCCCCUCGCAGAUCCGCGUCCGGCACGUCCAGGUGAACAAGAUCGAAUUUGUCCAGAGGAAGCCAAUAUUCAAGAAAGUCGUUGUGCCUUUGGAGGACCACGUGCAGUGUCGCUGUGAAGCGGUGUCCCGUCCACCCCCCAGGGUCAGCCGGCCAGCGCCACGCAAGCAGCGCCGCUUGCCACCCUCGUUCACCACAGCCGCUGUCUCACAGCGGCAGCGAGUACGCCGGCCGCCGGCACAGAAGAGGAAACACAAGAAGUACAAGCAUGUCAACGAUAAGAAAGUGCUGAAAGAAAUCCUCACAGCAUAGAAGUGCUGGCAGGGGAGAGAGAGCACAAAGCAGGUUUAUUUAAUGUAUUUGCUGUAUUGCCCCUAUGGGGUCCUUGGAGUGAUAACUUUUCCUCUUUGUCCAUCUGCCUCGACGUCUGAUUCAGACGGCAAUUGGUGCUUCCUUUUCCAUCAGUCAACCUUCUCCCACCAAAGCCUCUCCCUUCUUUCAUUUAUUAGCAUCAUUUUAAAGUUUUACACACACAAAAAAGAAAGAACAAAGAUGACCUAUAUAUAUGUGUGUGUGUGUGUGUGUGUAUAUAUGAGAAGAGAACAAAAUACAACUAAAACCGUGAACCCUGGCAGCCACAACAUGCAGCAAAGACAGGACAAUGCCUUUCCUGCUCCAGAGGACAAGACGGAAAAUGUGAAAAAGGAAAGUAGGUCCAAUUCCUUCUGAGGGGAGGAGAAAAACAAAUGGACAGAGAGAGAAUAUUCUCCUUUUCCCACAUGGUUCUGGUAAGGAUGAGGGGCCUGGCUGAGAUGAGCACUUGCACUGGACCUGCAUGUUGAAAAGAGGCAUGUCUCAGAUUGUGAGCGGCGAGCGAUGAUGGAAGAUGCACUAAGGACUUUGAGCGCCCUACCUGGACAGAUCUCUAUUUUUAAUGUGCGUGUGUAUAUUUUAUUUUGAGAAAAGAAAAACCAAAACCACUAAGAUACACAACAUCUCGGGGAACAGAAUGAAACAAACAAACAAAAAGAAGCAAAACAGAGAAGCCAAAUGCAUUCCCUCCCCCAUCUCUUUCCCCUCCUGCUCCUGGUGCUGACUGGAAGGUGUCUGAAUCAUGGGGAAGGGGCAGAAGGUGGCAGAAUUGUCUCCACACCCCCGGCCCCUGCCACGGGGAGCCCUCUUUGCACAUGCUGGUGGAGAAUUCAACUUUCCAGGCUUGGACUGAAAUUAUUUUUGAAACUUGCUCUGUAUGUGUGUGGGUGUAUGUGCCUCUGUGUGCAUAUACACAUGUGUGUGUGCGUGUGUGUGCCUGUUGAGUAUGUGUAUUUAUACAUACAUAUAUAAAUAUAUAUAUAUAUAUA